AUGGAUUUCCUAUACACCCAUUUGAUAUGGAAGCCUCCCUUUCCCACUCAGUCCUUCGCGGGCCGGACCGUCAUCGUGACCGGAUCCAACAGUGGCAUUGGCCGAGAAGCAGUGCGUCAUUUUGUGCGCCUCAACGCUGAUCGUGUGAUCAUUGCGGUUCGCAACCUCGAGGCCGGAGAAGAAGCGAAGGCCGACAUCGAACGCACCACGAAGCGGACAGGCGUCGCGGAAGUCUGGAAACUUGAUCUGAGCAGCUACGAUAGUGUCAAGGCCUUUGCUGCUCGUGCUCAGCGCGAGCUCGAGCGCCUCGAUAUCGCCGUACUCAACGCCGCCGUCGCCACGGGGAAGUAUGGCAAUCCAGAAGGUCUGGAGAGCCAUAUCACCGUGAACUUCGUCUCGACCUUCAUGCUCUUGAUCCUCCUUUUGCCCCUUAUGCGAUCAACCGCACAGAAGCUCAAGCCUGGGGAGGAUCAACCACAUAUGUGCGUGGUCGGCUCUGGCAUUCAUCAUUGGCUCAAACUGCCACCAGCUGAAUACCCUGAAGGCGAAAUCCUAGCCAGACUCUCAAGAGUCGAGGCUUUCCCCAACGAGCAAGGAGUUACAAAGACUCCAGCGAAUUACAUCUUGUCGAAGCUGCUGACGGCCCUGGUCACGCGCGAGAUCGCACCGGCUAUCAACCCCAACGAAGUCAUCUUCAACCACAUUUGUCCGGGACUGGUCAAGUCGGGUCUGAGGCGAGAAUUGACCGGAGCACUUGCAUCCGUGGCCGACAGUGUUGCCAGAACACAGGAAGUGGGCAGCAGGACAUUGAUGGCCGGUGCCGUGGCGCCGAAGGAGAGCCACGGCAAGGCCAUGAGCAAUGCUAAGGCUCAGCCAGAGCCGGCCAGGGGUACCGACGCCGGAUUUAGCAAAUUUGUGUUGAGUGAGGACGGGAAGAUAAUGCAGGGGAGAGCAUGGAGAGAACUUAAGGCCAUCUUGGAGAGGGAAGGGGUUGAUGUCAAGGCAGCAUUGGGUCCCAAAUAA